AUGGCAGAGCCGCCGGGGCUCGGGGACGAGCGCGGGGAGGGCGCUCCAGGGGCUCCUGCGCUCGCCAGCCCCUGCCUGGCCGACAACAGGCUCAAUCUGGAUGUUUAUCCUGACGGCUGCAGCCACUUCCUCCAGCUGCUCGAGCAGCACCAAGGAGACCUGGCCCAGGUGGAGUUCGUCCGGCUCAGCAGCAACGACCACCUCCUCGGCACCGCGCUGGACAUCCUCCCUCGCCUGCAGAGCCUCAAGUCCCUGGUGCUCAAAGGUGGCCAUGCCCGCGACGAGUUCGGCUCGUGGCAGCCAGGCUUGCUGACAAGCUUGCCACCAGACCUGGGGAGCCUGAGGUGUCUCACUCACCUGGACCUCAGCUUCAAUCGCCUCUCCACCUUGCCCAGCUGCAUCCCCCACCUGCAGAGCCUCCGCGCGCUCCUGGUGAGCCACAACAGCCUCGAGGCCCUGCCUGAGAACUUCGGCUGCCUGCGCAAACUGACGUUCUUCUCUGCUAUGAGCAACCAGCUGAAGAGCUUACCACGGAGCAUUGGGGAGCUGGCAGCACUGCAGGACCUUGAUCUCUCAGGAAAUGCCCUGGAACACCUUCCUGAAGAAGUUGGGAAUCUGCACAGCUGCACGGAACUAGAUCUUUCUGGGAAUCGGUUAUCAAGCAUCCCAGACUCGUUAGCCAAUUUGAAGUGUCUGCGGCGGCUGCAUCUCCACAGCAAUCUCCUGGUGACGGUGCCCGCGUCGCUCGCCAGCCUGCCCAACUUGUCCAGGCUGGAUCUGCAGAACAACCGUCUCCGCGCCGUGCCCCCCGAGAUCCAGAGCUCGCCGUGCGCGCGCCUCCGCGGCAACCCCCUGGGGCAGAGCGAGCCCGCCCCGCCGCCCGAUGAACCCAGUGCCAGAAGGCUGCAAAGACUGUUCCUUGCAUCAGGAGAGGACAGCUUUACCGUGACCUCUGAAGGCUGCAAAGUAGUCCUGGCCUGUGGCAUCCGUUUCUACUUUCCCCCGGGAGCUGCCUCCGUCCCGCUGCGCAUCCACUUCCGCACGCUGGCGCCGGACCCGCGCUGGGUGAGGCUGCGGCACCACGACGUCCUGCUGAGCACGGUCCUGGAGCUGCAGCCCCAUGGGCUGGAAUUCCAGCAGGAGGUGGAGAUCUGGAUGCCCUUUGCCUCUCCUCAAACCCUGCACCAGCGUGAGGUGGUCGUUCGGACCUUCAGCGGGCAGAGCUGGAGCGACCUGAGAACAAAAGUGGAGCAGAAGAAGUCAAAGAAGCAUGUGGCUUGUUGUAGUGUCCUUCACUUCUCCUGGUUCCUAGUUGUUUCUCGGCUUGUAGAGAAUGAAUGCAAAGUGCCAGCGGAGGGGACAUUGCUUUUUUCUAGUGUGGAUCCAGACAUUAAAGUGAUCUUCCCUCCUGGAGUCACCGAAGAGACUCGCAGUGUCAAAAUGCAGGUGCUGCCGAUCUCUGCAGAGGAGGUAGAGGAAAUCACGGCCGACGCGGCCUGCCGAGCCAGCCCCCUGCUCUGCCUCUCCCAGGAUCGCCCCGUGGAUUUUCUCAGGCCAGUGAGAAUUCAGCUCCCCCUCCCACUUGGGGUCACAGGGCUAAACUUGGAUCGGUCAAGGCUGCACCUUCUCCACGGUGACCUGCAGGGCCAAACCUGGAAUGACAUUACCAGUCAGGUGGUGCUGGAAUUCACCCAUCUUUAUGCAAUCUUUGAAGUCACCCACUUCUCCUGGUACUGGCUGUGGUACACCACCAAGACCUACAUUGGAGGCAUUGCCAAGAAAGUCUACGAGCGGCUGCGUAUGUACCAGGUCAACUUCAUUGCUCUGCAGAGGAAGAAAGAUCCUGAGCAAGUCUUGCUUCAGUGUGUCCCCAAACACAAGGUCGACCCAGUGCUGAAGAAGCUGCAGGACCGCUACCGAGGCCCCGAACCGUCUGACAUGGUCGAGAUGUUUGAGGGAGAGCAGUUCUUCGCCGCCUUUGAGCGAGGCAUCAGCAUCGAUAUGGAUCGUCCUGACUGUGUGGAUGGACGUCUCUCAUUCAUAUUUUAUUCGCACUUGAAGAACAUGAAAGAAAUCUAUGUGACCUCACCUGUAGACAGGAAAGGCCAAGCUGUAAAAGGCCAGGUCUCUUUCUACCGAGGGGCAGUUCCUGAGAGCAUUCCUGAAGGCGCCAGCAGGAGGAGGAAAGGACCAGACUCGCUCUGGCUUGCUACUCUGCCAAUCAAACUGCCUAGAUUGAAAUCCCGCUCGGGUGACAAUUCCAGUGCUCUGAACAGCUUCUCCUUCCCUCCACUGAACCUGGGAAACGCUGAGACUGGCUACCUGACUCAGGCCAACCUGCUGAGCAUUGCCAGGCGUGUGGGAGGCGACUGGCAGACCAUCGGCUUGAACCUGGGCUUGACCUAUCAACAGAUUGAGCGCAUCGGGUACAACCACAGAGAGGACCUUGAUAAACAGAUCCUGGACAUGCUUUUCUCAUGGGCUAAGCAAAACUCUGAGGAUCCUGAGUGUGUGGAAAAGCUGAUCACAGCCAUGAAGGAGAGUGGCCGCCAGGACAUUGCUGAUGAGAUUGAAGCCAUCAUCGAGCUGGGACGGCAGAAAUACAGGGAAUCCAUCCGCCGCGUGGGCUUGGAGCAGGAGAGCAGCACUGAGGACUCUGCUAUAGCCAUGGUGUAGCACCUCACACACACAACACCUUCCUAUGGAGAUGCCUCUGCGGGCCCGGAGUGACAGCAGCUGGGGGCUGCUCCCGCUCAAGGGCCAAUAUCCUCCCAAGGUGGUAGACACUGAUUUACUUGCGAGCAGACGGCCACACUCUGCUAGGGCUCGGCUCAAGUGUUCCUUCUGCUAAACCCAGAAAGUUUACAGCAUGUUCCUGAGCCGUUUCUGUACUUCCACUUCCUGACUUUGAGCCUUAGAUUUCAGGAAUGCAGAGAAGUUCAGAGCCUCAAGUGGCUGUCAGUUGAGUCAUGGUUGAAGUAGCCUUUCAUGAAUUAACACUCAAGACAGAUAUAUUUAUAU